UGCCAGUGCAAAGGCCCUGGGGCAGGAGUGUGCUUGUCCCGGGCAUAGGGAGGAGGCCAAGGCAGAGGGGGAAUCGGGCUGGGUCUUGCAGGCCUGUGUGGGCCACAGUGAGGGCCUGGUCUUUCCAUCUGAGGGGCAGGAAGCAGCUCUGGUACAUAUGGGGAACAGAGGCGGGGAGCGGGGCGAGGCUGGGGCAGGUGCAGUGAGGGUCAAGGCCAGGAGGGAAGGCCGCACUGGUGUUCAGGGGGGAGAUGGUAGCAGACCCUGGGUGAUGGCAGCUGGGGUGCUGAGAAGUGCUUGCAGGGACUCCGCAGACAUUUUGACAGCCACACAUUUGCUGGGACUGGCCUGUGGGCAGUGAAAGGCCAAGGUCACAUGACUCGGGGCGGGGGCGUCCAAGGAGAAAAUGAAGAGCUCGGAGUGACCUCCUCGGCCUGCGUGCAUUGGUUCUGCUUGGACCGCGUUCCAGCCCCAGCUCCUCAGUCCGGCUUCCCUACCUGUGAGAACUGACCCACCGCAGCCUUCCCCGGCCAGGCGCCCUCCGGGGCUGCCGCCAGGUGGCGCCGCUGGCCUCAGCCAGAUCCACCCCAGCGCACUGUCCCCCUCCAAAAUUUUCUUUCACUUUCGAUCUCAGGCUGUCACCGGCCUGGCCCCUUCCACAUGCAGCUGGGAAUGACUUGAUCUGGCCACAGGCAUGAGGGGCCUCCGGCGGAGAUGAUAGUGUUGGCACCAGCCUGGAGCCAAACUACCUCCCUGCUGCUGCUGCUGCUGCUGCUGCGCCCCGGCCUCGGCGGGACCCCCGACUGCUCCUUCCGCCACAGCCCCAUCUCCUCCACCUUCGCGGACACCAUCCGCAAGCUGUCAGACUACCUGCUCCAGGAUUACCCGGUCACGGUCGCCUCCAACCUGCAGGACGACAAGCUCUGCGGGGCCUUCUGGCGCCUCGUGCUGGCCCAGCGCUGGAUGGGACAGCUCAAGACCGUGGCGGGGUCCCAGAUGGAAAAGCUGCUGGAGGCCGUCAACACCGAGAUACACUUUGUCACCUUAUGCGCCCUCCAGCCCCUCCCUAGCUGUCUUCGCUUCGUCCAGACCAACAUCUCCCACCUCCUGCAGGACACCUCCGAGCAGCUGGUGGCCUUGAAGCCCUGGAUCACCCGCUGGAAUUUCUCUGGGUGCCUGGAGCUGCAGUGUCAGCCGGACUCCUCCACUCUGCUGCCCUCAGAGAGCCCCCUGGCCUUGGCGGCCACAGCCCUGCCAGCCCCACAGGCUUCUUUGCUGCUCCUGCUGCUGCUGCCGCCAGCGGCCCUUGCGCUGCUGGUCGCUGCCUGGUGCCUGGGCUGGCGAAGGAGGAGGCGGAGGCCCUGCCCUGGGGAGCAGGGGACCCCGAGGCCCAGCGCGAGGAGCCAGCCGCCCGAGGACACAGAGCCGGGACCCGGAGGACGUCAGCCAGAGAGCCGGCCCUGCCUCGGCGGCACGGCCCCCGCCACUGUGUCCCCGGGACGGAGGCCACGCCAGCUGCCGGCGCCGGCCCCCGCCCCGCCUGCCCCGCUCUGUACAAAGCCCUCGUCCCCAGGAACUUGUACAUAAAUCAUCCUUUUCUACCAGCUCUGCUCAGGCCUGUCUGUUGGUGGGUCGACUUGGGUUGGAGCCUUGGGCUUCCAGAUGAUGCGAUUGUGCAUCCAGGGCCUGUUUUCUGAGGCUUCCUGGGUGCCAGCCCAGCCCUCUCGGGGCUCCCGGUCCAUGGGGGGGAGACGUGGGGCACGGGCCGCCUCGGUACAGGGUGCUAUGCGCUCUGAUGGGGCAGCAGUGGGAACCCGAGGAGGCACCUGGCGCAGCCGGCGAGCCACCACAUGCCCUGCAGCCUACUGUCGCUUGAGGGAUUGACCGCGCUUCCCUACCGCGCCGGGCAGUUUGCGCGAGGGAGAGGCACAGUCCCUCAAAAACAUGGCGGCCGAGGCGGGACGGCCCGCCCCGGGCCCGCCCCACGUGACCUCCCGCCCCGCACAAUCAUGGCCGCCGAGGUCCUUUGGGAACCAUUCCCGGAUUGGACGAUCCGAAGACGGCCCGCCUUCUAAUGGGACCUCAACACGCAUGCGCACGACCGUGGCCAAUGAGACGCCAGAAAACUGCUCGCGUAGGCCUGUGGCGUCAUUUCCUCCGCCCCUGUUGCAAGGGAUAAGAAACCCUGCGCCAAGGCUUCCUUCUUUCCCAGGCGGCUGCCGAAGAUGGCGGAGGGGCAGGUGAGGAGGUGGAGGCGUGGCGAGCUGCAGAUCUUUGCCCCGAGUCACAGUGUCAGGAAGUCUGGCUUUAGGUUCUGUGCCUCUCCGCCUUCCAACAGUCACCACGCAUAUAACCAGCACCCCAUAGAGUGGGGACUUUGACCCUUGA